AGAAGAGAGAGAAAGAUGGAGAGAAGCGACUCUGUGGUUAACAUUUCAGUGCGUCAUCAGAAGAAGUCCACAGCGAGUGUGUGUCAGUUGUGAUUCUCAUGCCCUGGGUGUGAGUGUAGAGGGGGAGGCCACAGCACCUGAAGGCUGAGUGACUGGCCUCAUUCUGAUAUCCUUCCAGAAAGAUGAAGCAUCUGUUGGUCUGGCUGCUCCUCUCCUCCCUCUGUUCUCCCUCUUCUUGGGGGAUAAGAGGCAUGUUGGUGGUGAUCCAGUCUCCUCAUAAUGUAACAGUAACAGAGGGGGACACUGUUCAGAUCCAGUGCUGCUGGAAUCAACAUGUGUCAAGAGUGACGGUUAAUUGGCAUAAAAAAGAAGGACUCACCGAGAUAAAAUAUAAGAGUGUUCUGGUCAACAACAGUCAGUGUCGUGACAGGGCAUCUCAGCAGACUGUAGCCUGUAACUGCUCAAAUUGGACCAUCUCAAACCUCACUAGAAAUUACUCGGGUACUUACAUCUGUAAAGUUUCUUUAGAGAUCCCAUCUCUUAUUGAAUCCGUGGGGAAUGGGACACGGAUAACAGUUACAUCCCAAAACACGACAAACAAUGAUUCCUCAGAAGAAAAACUGCUCCACCAGCUGCCUAUCAUGAUUCCACUUGCUGUCCUGCUACUGUUCCUCCUCCCUCUCAUCUGCCUGUACAGGGCAUGGAAAAGACACCAAGGUGGUGCCCCAGACAGAACAGUCAGGGUGAUCCACGAGGCUCCCAACCAUGAGGACGAGGAGUUGAAGAUGGAGGAGCUGGAAGAGGCGGCCAACCAGAGCUCUUCCUCCUCCUCCAGAGGAUCCACCCAAUGGUGUCAAGUCCAGGUGUAUGAAUCACUUGAUUACUUGGCUUUACCAACCCAAGACAAAGGUUAAGGACCGGCUGUGAAUGUAUGUUUCUAUUGCGUUUCAUGUUUCAGUCAUUUCUGUAGGUAUUUUACAGUAUGUACAGGGUAUUUUUCUAUUGCAUUUCAUGUGUCAGUCAUUUCUGUAGGUAUUUUACAGUACGUACAGGGUACUUUUCUAUUGCAUUUCAUGUUUCAGUCAUUUCUGUAGGUAUUUUACAGUAUGUACAGGGUAUUUUUCUAUUGCAUUUCAUGUGUCAGUCAUUUCUGUAGGUAUUUUACAGUACGUACAGGGUACUUUUCUAUUGCGUUUCAUGUGUCAGUCAUUUCUGUAGGUAUGUUACAGUAGGUACAGGGUAUGUUACAGUAGGUACAGGGUAUGUUACAGUAGGUACAGGGUAUGUUACAGUAGGUACAGGGUAUGUUACAGUAGGUAAUUACUGCUAUUGUUUCUUCUUUAAACCAUUUCAACUGUGUGGAAUGUACUUUAUUCUCCAGUCAGGAAGUGAAAGAGAAACUCACAGAAACUCAAAUUUAGGUUGUGCAAUGAGGUACUUUUACAAAGAUCUGUGAAUAGUUACUCUUUAACUCUGGUUUGUAUCUUAGACCUAUGCAAAAGCCAGUGUUCACAUAAAACGUGUGUGUGUGCGCACGUAUGCAUGAGAAUGUGUUCGUGCCUGACAAGAGAAAGCGAGUAAAAGAGAAUUAUACUACAGAAGAGACAUAUCACUGAGUGGGUAUUGACAAUAAUAAUGACUGCAAAGGGAAACUACAGUAGAAUUGAAAAAUGCCCAAUGAUUGAGCAUCAGACAAAAAUCAUCCAGUCCAGGGAUGCAGCCUUAAGAUUCUCUGUGUAACUGGUGUUAUAUCACCAGUGGAAACGAUGGUAUCUGGGGGCUUUCUCGUAGGUUCUCUCAUAGGUCAGUGACAGGAAAUGGAAACAGAGCAGAUGGUGGUGACAGUAUAUGCUUAUGUCUCAGGUAGUAACCAUGGCCCCUCAUCUGCUGUAGACUACAGGAUGAACAGAAAUGAGAAACAGAACAGUUUUAUAAUAACAAUAGAUGUGAUUGCCUUACAAAUUGCCACACACUCAUACACAUUGUGAAAUUAUUUGAGUAACAGAUCGUGUACAUUUCAGCUGUUUAGCUGACACUCUUAUCAGUUGCUCACAGCUAACAAAUGACAAAUGAUAUGUUCACAAUAGUUGUCAACGCUUAACACAUUAUAUAUAUUAUCUGACAACUUGCCCCAAUGAGUCACUAGGUCCUGCAGUUACAAAGUAAGCAGACACACACCUACUCACAUCUUAUAAAAACAAACAACCGUUUGUAACCAUGGCUGCACUCCUACCAAGACAGAAUUGUUAGGCACAGUAACACAUUCUCACUGCUUAUGCCGUAUGGCAAGAUCCUUAGUUUGCUUUUUACAAGUUUACUUGUUAUCAUCAGAGAUUAUUCUGAUAUGAAGUUGUGUUUUGAUAUUGAACAAACAUGUUUAAUUCAGCGGAUUGAUUACUGCAAGAUGUAGAAGACUGAUAAUGUUUGGAUUUUGCGAUGCACGCAGACACACAGGUUGUCAUUUGAAGAAUGCGUCACUAUAUAGGGAUCAUAAAUGUUUACUAGAAAAGAGAGCAGCAUUUCCAGGAAACAGUGCUACAGAUGACCAGAUUCACACACAGAACAGAGAUACCCAAAGAUUUUCAUAACUUAACCAAGAUAGAACACAGCUUGUCGUUUCAAAUGGGAACAAAUGAGUCAGUGUGCAGAACAAAGAUGGAGGUGGGCAGAGCCAAGCACAUAUCCUAUUGGCGCGUUCUAGUAUUAUCUGCAUAUUUCUGUUACGGAACGCCUACUCUGUGAAGUGUGCAAUAACUCAAUUCGCCUUUGCAUUUUUUUUAAACCUUUGAAAAGAGUAAAGUCUAUAAAACGUA